AUGGCCGUCAUAGAAGACCUGGUGAUGCCACACUUCACCGAAGGACUGAAACCACUCGAAGUGGAUGAAGGUAAACCAGCGGAACUGGUAUGUACUGUAGUCGGCAAACCAGAGCCAGAGGCUGGCCAAGGAUGUACAAUCGCUGAUGAAAUACCAAAAGCAAAUUACGAGGUUGUGAGAAGGCGUCCAAAAGUUGAAGAGGGAGAAACGGUGGUGCUCCUGAGUGGUCGUGUGAAACAAGGAGUCCAAGCAGAAAUCAAAUGGGUGUUCAAAGACGACAAACCUAUUGAACUAAGUCAACAUAUGGUCCUUGAAACACUUGACGAUGGCAAAAUCAAAUUGACAAUUCACAAUGCAACCAAAGAAGAUGUCGGCUCGUAUCGUUGUGAAGCCGUGAACAAAGUGGGCAAAGCAGAAACGCACGCCAAUCUACAGUAUGCGCAAACUGUGCAGGAAACGGUAAUCGACGAAAGCGAGCAGUUACAGGAAAUGGUUGCGGAGUCGAUCACCACUACCGCAGCUGUAGAGACAAAGGCCGGUAGAGGCCCACCGGAAUUUGUAGAACUAUUGCGAUCGUGCACAGUCACCGAGAAGCAACAAGCUGUGCUUCGUUGCAAAGUGAAAGGCGAACCUCGACCAAAGAUCAAAUGGACCAAGGAAGGCAAAGAGGUUGAAAUGACAGCACGUAUCAAAUCCGACUUCAAAGAGGAUGGCACGUUAACAUUGACGGUUGACAACGUCACUCAACAAGACGCUGGAGAGUACAGAUGUUACGCUGAAAACGAGCUUGGCUCCGCUUGGACCGAGGGACCCAUCAUAGUGACACUAGUCGGUGCUCCUGAGCAAGAAGGAGAAGCGCCCGACUUUAUUCAACCCGUCCGUCCAGUCAUUGUUGUGGAAGGCGAGACAGCCGUGUUGGAAGGCAAGCUGUCAGGAAAACCAAAACCAACCGUGAAAUGGUACAAGAAUGGCGAACAGAUAAAACCCACCGAUCACUUCGCUAUCGAUUCACUCGACGACGGUACCCAACGGCUGACGGUGAAGGAAGCCACCAUGGACGAUAUGGACGAGUACAGAUGCGAGGCCUCGAAUGAAUAUGGAGAUGUCUGGAGUGAUGUCACACUGACUGUCAGACAGAAGCCUCAAGAAGCGCCCUCGUUCACGAAAACUCUCGUCGAAGUAUCUGUCGUUGAAGGAGAAACAGCCACCUACGAAUGCCAAGUCUCAGGAUACCCACAACCUGAAAUCAAGUGGUUCAAGAACAAGGAAGAGAUCGCAGCCACGGAUGAGCAUUUCGUACAAACGAAGGAAGCCGACGGUACCGCCCGUCUUACCAUCAAAUCCACUAAGGUGAAAGAUUCGGGUGAAAUCCGUUGCGAAGCCCGUAACACUGCAGGAACAGCUCGCACAGACGCGCCAUUGACGGUUUCCCUACCGGAGGAGGAGAUAGCUCCAGAGUUCGCUCAGGAACUUACCGCUUGCCAAGUAAUGGAAGGAGAGCUGGCUAAGUUCGAGUGCAAGGUUAAAGCCGGUCCUCACCCGGUGAUCAAGUGGUUCAAAGAUGGUCAAGAGCUGAAACCUGGAGAUGGUAUCCAAAUCGAAUCACUUCCAGACGGCACCAAUCGGCUCAUCAUCGACAAAACCAAGAUCGACGAUCAGGGCAACUAUCGAGUGGAAGCGACAAACCCUGCCGGUUCAAUGAGCAGCAAAGCACCGCUUUCCGUUCAGGCACCAGAGACGCUGAAAAUCAAGCGGCCAUUGGAAGAUCUCACGGUCGACAAAGGCACCAAGAUCUUGCUUUCUGUUGAGGUCGAAGGCCGACCGAAGACGGUGAAAUGGUACAAGGGAUCGGAACAAGUCACCACGACUAGGACCACGAAAAUCGAGAAAGUUUCUGAUCAUGUGUAUAAACUCGAAGUGGAGAAUUGUGAGAUGUCUGACGCUGGUGCCUAUCGGGUCGUUUUGUCGACAGAAAGCGAGUCGGUAGAAUCAAGCUGUACCGUCACCGUCAAGGAGAAGGUUACGUUACCGUCGUUCAAGAAAGGACUUAAUGACAAGGCGGUGCCAAAGUUGAAAGUCGAAGGUCAACCGAAGGUUGUGAAAUGGUAUAAGAACGGUGACGAGCUGAAGAAUGCAAAGACUGAAGAUCUUGGAAAUGGAAAGUAUCGAUUGACUAUUCCUGACUUCAAAGACUCGGAUGUUGGACAAUACAGUGUCACAGCCGAAAAUGACGUUGGAGAAGUGGAAAGCAAGGCAAAGGUGUCCUUGGCAGAUGACGGUAAGGACAAAGUGAAGCCUGAGAUUGUCUCCGGACUCAUUCCAACCACAGUGAAACAAGGAGAAACAGCUACGUUCACUGUGAAAGUGAAGGGACCCGUCAAGGCUGUUAAAUGGUACAAAAACGGUAAGGAGAUUCCUGAUGCGCAAACCAAGGACAACGGCGACGGUUCCUACGAUCUUAUCAUUCCUGACGCGAAGAAAGAGGAUGCAGCUGACUACAAGGUCGUUGUUUCGAACGAUGUAGGCGAUGCGGAUUCAUCUGCAGCGUUGACCGUGAAGCUGCCACAGAUCGAAAUCGUCAAAGGACUGGAAGACACUACUGUACCGCAGAAACAGACCGGCAUACUUGAAAUCGAGACCAACCGACCACCGAAACAGGUCAAAUGGUACAAGAAUGGCAAGGAAAUCUCGCCUUCUGACAAGGCACAGCCGAAGAAGGUCGACGAUAACAAGUACCAACUGGUGAUCCCUGAUGCCGGAAAAGAUGACUCGGCUGAUUACAAGGUUGUACUUACCGACGACGACAAUAACACCGCUGAAUCGAGUUGUGCUCUUACCGUCAAACUUCCUGGAGGAAUUGAAAUUGUUAAAGGACUUGAAGACACUACUGUACCCCAGAAACAGACCGGCAUUCUUGAAAUCGAGACCAACCGACCACCGAAGCAGGUCAAAUGGUACAAAAAUGGCAAGGAAAUCUCGCCUUCUGACAAGGCACAGCCGAAGAAGGUCGACGAUAACAAGUACCAACUGGUGAUCCCUGAUGCCGGAAAAGAUGACUCGGCUGAUUACAAG